CAGUGCAUACAGUAAUACAAUCACUGUUGAACACAACACAAACACAACGAAGAAGAAGGAGAAACGGGAAGAUGAAGGCAGCGGCUGCUGAGGACACAUCGUAGCAGGUUCUAUGCAGUUGAAGACCUCUGAAGAAGAAGAAAGGAGCUGUGAGAUCUCGCAGCUCAGACAAGCAGUGUUACAAAACAAUGACAGACUCCUCGAUGAGAUGCUCUGCCAAGAAAUCUACAAGAAAGUCAUCAACUGCAGAGGUGGUUGGGGCAUCGCAGGCACGCCCCUGCACGCUGCAGUGUCUAAAGGCCACCUCAGCUGUCUGCAGGUCCUGCUAGCCCAUGGUGCUCUGGUGGACUGCGUAGAUGUCAAGGCUCAGACGCCGCUCUUUGCAGCUGUUCGUGCAAAAUACCUGGACUGUGUCUUAGCGCUCCUUGGAGCAGGCGCCAACCCAGAUGGGAACUCAUCCAAUAACUGCUCCCCCGUCCUCACGGCCGCUCGUGAGGGCGAUGCGCAGAUAUUGAUGGAACUGCUCAAACAUGGCGCAGAGGUCAACUCCCGCUCUAAAGUCUUGCUGUGGACCUCCAGCGCCAGGGUGUCGAGCGGACCGCUGUACCUGGCUGCCGUUUAUGGACAUAUGGAGUGUUUCAAACUGCUGCUCCUCUAUGGAGCGGACCCAGAUUACAACUGCACUGACGCAAAGCUGCUGAGUUCAAUCAAGCAUCCGAAAACUGUGCUGGAGAUGUGCCUCAGGCACGGCUGUGGUGUGGAGUACAUACAGCUUCUCAUCGACUUUGGUGCAAAUGUCUACCUCCCUACGCUGAUCAUCGAGAAGUCCACGAAGCAGAAUGAGGCUGUGGAGCUGCUACUGCAGGAAAGAGGAAAUCCUAAAGCUCUGAGUUCACAGUGCCGACUCGCCGUCAGACAACACCUCAAAAAGAUCAACAAGAUCCACUGCAUCGAGGAGCUGGAAAUGCCAACGAGUCUCAUUCGCUUCCUGCAACACAAACCCAUCCCAGCCACUGUUCUGUAGCUACAUGAGCUGGAGGCCUGUUCAUGUCAGUUCAGUUUAAUUUGAGCUCAAUAUUUUUGUUUUAAAUGCAGAUUAUGAACCAGCUUUUUUGAAAUGACCCGUGUGUUCAUGUGCUGUUGUGUUAAGACUGAUGUGGUAAUACAUUAAAUGUGAGGAUGAACAGCGUGUGCUUCUGUUUCAUUGUGAGUACUCACCCUGUAGCUGUUGAAAGAUGUCUGAAGGAGGCUGUUUGUUGGAGUUGCUGUACUAAGUCACACGUUCCUCACAAGACAGUUUAAGCUGUUUGCUGAAAGCUCCAGCUUUUCUUGAGCUGGAUCAGUUUGUAUAGAGCUGCUCACAUUUUUGCUCAUGAACGAUUAUUUUAAGCCCCAACCCCCCCCACUGGACUGUGAUCAUUGUGUUUGACUACAUGUCUCAUAAACUUGAGAGCAAAUGAAACAAACAAAAAGUGUCCUGUACAUAUCGUGAUAACCUCUGAUGAUUGUUUUAUUGUUAACUUGUAAAGUGAGCUCAGAUCAGCGGUGUAGUGAGGAGGGAGGACAUGUUGCAGGGUAAUACAACACGGGACAAUGUACCUGGGCCACCGCUGGAGAAUGAACGUAGCGAGAACCUGACAGUUUGUGAAUGCACCCAGUGGGGAAGUAUUAACUGAACCAACCAACAUGAGCAAGAGGAAGACAGAGUCGAUAUGUCAUCGGUUAGUUGUCCAGCCCCACUGUGAAAAUCUAAAGAAUCAUGUUAUUUAUCUCUAAUUAAAUAAAACAACCUGCACAUGAA